AGAAUGGAUUCAUGCAUCCAGGCACUUGAAAGCAUAUUUGAAGGAGCCAACCUUACUGAAAUAAGUGAAUUUGCUUUUUGUGACUGACAUGUGUUACACUGCAAUUUGUAAAUUUAAGAACAUCCAGUCCUGAUAAGCCCAGGGUACAAGAUAUUGUUCCAAGACAAUAACUCCAGUGUUAGGAACAUUAUUAGAGGAAAAAAAAG